GUGACUGUAAUCCCUGAGACGAGCUUUGACUCUAUGCACACCAGGCCAGUCGCUCCAGGCGCCCCGAACUCUGAGUGGAGGAGGAAUCAUGAGGAAGGAGGCGUUUCUGCUGCUAGUGCACCACAGAUGAUGUGGACGUCUGCUGUGCUUUUGGUGCUGCUGGCAGCAGCUUCACAAACUGUGGCAAAGUCCAAAAACCGCUUCACUCGUUACCCCUCAUGGAACACCAAGAUGUACCCAAUCUGGAAAGAUGGAGAUCCGCGAUACAAAGACUCUUGGAAAGGUGGAAAAGUGACGUUUAAUGUUGGAAAUGAUUCCCCAACUUUGACUGGAGCCAGAGUUACCUUCACUAUUGACCUGCAGUUUCCUCGCAAUCAAAAGGUGCUGCCUGAUGGAGACGUGGUUUGGGCUGAAGACUGCGUAAUUAAUGGAACAAAGCAUCUUGAGUCAGAGCCAGUAUACCCAACAAAGAACACAGACUGGGAGGCUGUGUUCCCUGAUGGGACACCAGUGAAAAAAGACAAGAAACCCGCCUACGUGUUUGUGUGGAAGGCCUGGGGUCAGUACUGGCAGGUGGUGGACGGGCCCUCCUCCUCCCUGACUAUCGGCACAGAUGACAUCCCUCUGGGCUCCUACACCAUGGACAUCGUUAUCUACCACUACCGCAGCAAAGAGAAGUUCAUUCCUUUGGGAUAUGCCUCCACACAGUUCUCCAUCACUGAUCAAAUCCCUUUCGCUGUCUCUUUGGACCAAGUCAAUGACAUCGAGGCGGCGGACAUGCGCUUCAUCCAGAACAGGGCGAUCGCUUUCACCAUCACUCUCCACGACCCCAGCGAGUACCUCAGCAACGCAGACAUCACCUUCAACUGGGACUUUGGGGAUGCAAGCGGGGCCCUGAUUUCCAGAGAGCUGACUGUCACUCACACCUACAUCAGCUCGGGCUCAUUCAAACCUAAAGUGGUGAUCCAGGCGGUCAUCCCGGACAAGGCCUGUGACCCACCGGUGGAUACCCCAACCAAGACCCCUGGUCCACCUAACAAUCAGGGCACCACAGUGAAAGCUCCCGUACUGGCGUCUGCUGGACCUGUACUGGUUUCCACCAAGUCAGUUGGUGUAAAUGUUAACACUGCUCCUUCGGACACGGAAGAGGACAACACCGAGUACGAGGCCUCCACCGCCCCCAAUACUCAGCUGGCCCAGGAAACGCCAACUGUGGAAAAGACUCCGUCUCCCAUCAACCAGCUGCUAGCUCACAGAGAGGCGGGGAGCAGGCUGACAGCAGACACAAAGCGCACAGUCACACUCACGGGACAAGCUCCAGUUGUUGUGCUGGUUAAGAGGGAUGCUGACAAAAAAUCCUCUGAUGACGACUGUGUGAUAUAUCGUUAUGGAUCCUUCUGCACCAGCAUAGAAAUAUUUGAGGGAAUUGAAAAAGUAGAGAUUGUACACAUGGACAAUUCAGUGAUGGCAACACCCAGGAUGAACAAAAAUGUUUUGGAUGUCACUGUGACCUGCCUGGGAAGCCUUCCCAAAGAGGUCUGCAGUGUGCUUUUGGAUUCUGAGUGCUUGAGGCCAAUCCACUCAGUGUGCAACAUGGUGGAGCCAUCAGAAGAGUGCCAGCUGGUGCUCCGCCACUUCCUCGAUGACUCUGGUGUCUACUGCAUCAAUGUUUCCUUGGCCAAUGAUGUCAGUUUAGCUGUCACGAGUGCCAAAGUCCACGUUGACAUGGGCUCUGGUUUGUCCUCGUCUGAAAUUAUCGCCAUGCUGCUGGGUGUCCUGGUAUUUGUUCUAGCAGUCGGAAUAGUGGCAUAUUCUUACAAGCGCUUUAAGUCCUACCGUCCUCUGAAGGAAGACGUCACUGUGUCUGGAGGCUCACAGCUCCGCGGGGCUCAAAGCACCUCUGGACCCUCAUCUUUCUGGAACAUCCUGAACCGGCGAGGAGUCGUGGACAACUGCCCUCUGCUGCAGGACAGGCCGGUGUGAAUCAUCACAGCCUCACACAGCCAAAUACAAGUGGUUAUGCGUGUCACAAGCACCAGGGAUGUUUUUUUUAAAUACUUUUUUUAAGCAUCUGUUGAAUUACAGACAUCACUGAUGUGUUAUAUUUAGGAUGAAAUCAAACAAUUUUCCAGAAUUAUACCUUAGACAUGUGCUGAUCUUUUUUUUGUACCUACUUAAAGCAAGUGUGGUAGAUAUAAAUGCUUAAAUCUGGACAAAAUUUCAAUGUUUUUUCAAUAAACAUUACUUAAAAGAGUUGUUUUAAGUUGUCUCUCAUUUAUUUUUUUGCAAAUAAAGUGACUACACUGAUGCUCUGCAGAGCUUAUUGGGGGAUUAAAGAAGUACUUCCCAAUACCUUUCUGUACUUGUGUAUUUGCAUUCCAUCACAUUCUAACUCUUCAUUAGUAAAAAGUAGGAAAAAAAAGAAAUACUAUUUGGUAACCAGAGGACUGCACAAUUAAUUCAUUUUAUUUCUCAUCAGUGAUAAAUAACAGCCUUGAGAUACGGCUGAGAUACUGAUAUAUUCUUUCUAAAUUAUUGAUGAUUAUUCACGCAUGAAUUAAUGACACCAGGUAGAAAAAAGUACUGGGCUUCUGUUGAAGUAAUUGAAAUUGAAACCAAUUAGUUGUCUAUCUUCUGAUUAUAAUAGAUAUUGUUAAU